AUGGAGGAGACGACCGCUGCAGGACGGCCUGUUCUUGACCGUGAAAAGACUGCGCCAUUCCUCAUCCGCACCUUCAUCAAAGUCGGCGGGUUCCACCGCGCCCUCCAGUUCGAAGACGGCCCGCUGCCCAUCGCAGACGAGCAGCAAAUCUACACCUGGAAAGACGCAACCCUGCGCGAAGUCCUCACGACGCUCCGCCCGCUCCUGCCCUCCACCCACCCGCUCGCGCGCUACUCCUUCCGCACGCUCUUCUUCGACGCCCUCGCCCGCGGCCGCGUCUCCACCAAAGACCUCGGCCUCAUCUACUCGCGCGACAUCCUCGGCGAGCCCGGCACGCUCGCCGCGCCCGCCCCGCGUCUGCAGACGGACGACGAGCCCCCGCCGCCCGCCGCGGAGCGCACGCUCGACGAGCUCCGCUUCGUCCCCGGCGACUUCCUCUGCGUCGCCGUCCUCCUCCCCAAGAGCGCCACCGUGCCCGGCCCCGGCGGCGAGCUCGCGAUCAAGGGCGGCGCCGCUGCGGCAGCGCCGGGCGCGGGUGCGGGGACGAAUGGGUGGAAGCGCGAUGCUGGGUGGAGCGCGGGUGCAGCCGGUGGUGGCCCGCCCGCGGGCGUAGGGAGGGGCGGCGGGCAUUGGCGGGGCGAUUCGAACCCCGUGCCGCCUGCCCCGCGUUCUGUGCGUGCUGGGGGGCGUGGAGCAGAUUUAGCGAGGGACAGGGACAGGGAUAGGGAUGCGGACCGCCGUGCACCCCCGCUGCGCCGGGACUCUCCACCACCACCUAGGAGAGAUUGGAAUAUUGAUAGAGACCGAGACAGACCGAGGGAUAGACGUGUGUCGAGGUCGAGGAGCCCUCCGAGGAGACGAGGAAGCUCGAGAUAUUGA